AUGUUACACAUAUAUAAUGUCAGAUGUUGCAAUAACAAUAGCAUUUUUCUUGUACUCUUCAUUAUUAUUAUCAUAAGAAAAAAAAUGUCGCUAGAAUUCUUUCUAUGGGUGACUCUAAUUUUAAUAAGCAGUGGCCAAAUACAAGGUGAAAGUUCCAAAUGCAGUUAUCCGUACAGCAAAGUUGGACCUUAUUGCUAUUACAUCAGCACAAGCGCAGCAUCGUGGGAUGAAGCUUAUGUUAAAUGUGUAAACAAAGGAGGUUAUUUGGCAAACAUAGAGACAUUCAAUGAAUUCAUGGUCCUUCGUUCCUGGAUUGCUGGGUUAAAUAGUGGCCACCACUAUUCGAUCGGAGGGCGAGAAAUUCAGGAUGGAGAUUGGAGAUGGGUGAAAGAUGGUGAUAGCUUUAUGAAGAUGUCUCAUUAUGUAUUUGGGCCAACGGAACCCAAUGGAUCAAAAUCAAGACCAGAGAAAUGCACUGCGCUAUAUACCUCUGUGCGGUAUUAUGUUGUUGAUUUGAGCUGUAAUUCUGUUACAAGGUAUAUUUGUGAAAAAUAAAUUAAUGCGUUUAUUCG